AUGUCGGACCAUAAUCCCCGCAAGAGUGACACGCUGCGUGUGCUCGUGUCUACGGAUAAUCACUUGGGUUAUGCAGAGAAAGAUCCAGUGCGUGGGAAUGACUCGUUUCAUACAUUUCGUGAGAUUUUACAAUUGGCGCAACGUGAAAAAGUCGAUCUUUUAUUAUUAGGUGGUGAUCUCUUUCAUGAGAAUAAACCCAGUCGUCGUACUUUAUAUGAAACCAUGCGUCUAUUACGUACUCAUUGUAUGGGGGACAAGGCUGUAAAGUUUCAAAUUGUGAGUGAUCAGAGCGUAAAUUUUCCAAAUUUUGGUGUCGUGAAUUUUGAAGACCCAAAUUACAAUGUCGAGCUUCCGAUUUUUAGUAUUCAUGGCAAUCACGAUGAUCCUGCACGAUCAGGAGGAGGAGAUAUUACGCAAUCAUUAGCAGCUUUGGAUUUACUAAGUGCUGCUAAUUUGGUCAAUUAUUUUGGCAAAUGUGAUAAAGUGGAUGCAGUUGAAGUAUUUCCAGUGUUAUUGACGAAAGGGAACACACGGGUGGCAAUUUAUGGACUGGGGAAUAUGAGAGAUGAACGUCUUAAUAGGAUGUUUGCACAAGGUAAAGUGGUGUUUCGAAGACCAGCAGAACAGACGGAAGAGUGGUUUAGCAUCUUUGUGGUGCACCAGAAUCGAGAUGACAAAGGACGUGGAAGCAAAAAUUGUGUCCCCGAGAGUGUGAUUCCAGACUUUAUUGACCUUGUGGUGUGGGGCCAUGAACACGAGUGCCAGAUUGAUGUUCAAGAAAGUGUCAAAGGAGAUUUCUUUAUUACCCAACCGGGGUCGUCCGUAGCGACUUCGUUGGUGGAAGGAGAAGCAAAGCCAAAACAUGUUGCAAUACUGGAAAUUAAUGGUCAGAGUUUUCGGAUGUCGAACCGUGAGUUGCAUACAGUACGACUAUUUAAGAUGGGCGAGGUGAUUCUACACACGAUUGAAGAGCUGAACCCGAAUGACCCUGAUGUAGCGGAACGCAUUGGCGAGUAUCUGGAGAGCAGAGUGAUCGAACUACUACAUGAGGCUGAGUUGGAGCAGCAAGAAAGGUUUAGAAAACGGUUGAGGGAACACGAAUGUCGUCAACAGGAGAGCCCUUUCCCGCUACCAGAGGUUGCAAGUAGGGAAGAGGAGAAAGAACUAGUGCUUAUUCGUUUGCGCGUGGAACAUACUGGUUUUCCCGUGUUAGUCAACCAACGGUUCGGUGCAAAGUUUGUCGGCAAGGUGGCCAACCCCAACGAUAUUUUAUUGUUUUAUCGACGGAAGAAAGAUCGUAUUAAUGCCUCGGGUACUAAUGCCAGUAAGGAGCUGGAAGAGUCGCUUCUUGGCCGGCCUGUGCGACCGACACCACUAGCCACAUUGACUAUCGAAGACAUUUUGAGCAAGCAACUAUGUGUACCUGAACGAAAACUUUUACUUUUGCCCGAGGCUCAACUUGGAGUUGCACUAGAGAAAUUUACACUAAAGAAUAACGCGUCAGCUAUUCAAGAGUUCGUUGAUGGCGUUCUUGACGAGACCCAACGUGAACUAAGUUCUAAAAGUUACGCCAAGUCAGCACAAGAUAUUCUUAGCGUUGUUGGAAAGAAAAAGGAACACGCUGAUGCGCUGCACAUAUUGCAGAAAGAAGAAGAAGAAGAGUCACGAGCUGGUGCAAUCGAGCAUGGCACGCCAUCGGGUACCAGUUUGUCGGCAGACGGAUUUCAGUCAAAGCGGAUCACGCAGGACAAUGGUAACUCGGCUAAAUCGCAAAGCGGGCGGUUCGGUACGCCAAGAAAUAUACAAACUAGAAAAGCAGCACCAUCGAAAACGAUCGCGAAGAAAUCGUCAGUCUUUUCAGAUCUCGAAGACGAUAGUGAUGAAAGUCCACGUAAGAAGAAGGCACCCACGCUUAGAAAGACUUUAGCUCGUUCAACUAGAAACAAGAAGCGAACGACAAGUGACUUUUUAUCUUCCGAUGACGAGGAUGCAUUCGCGACUGGUGAAGAUGAUGGAGAUGAAGAUUACAAAAUGGACGGCGAUGAAGAAGAUGAGGAUAGUAUGACUCCACGAUCGGCAGUGAAAGCUCGUGGAAGAGCUUCGAGUCGGUUGACAAAAGCCAAGAAAUCACCACCGAACCGCAAGCGACUUCGCAAGAUCAAAGGGCAUGACGAUGACGAUGACUUGAUGCCCACUCCUAAUAUGCGUAGUAGGGCUACGCCGACAAAGCGUGAAUCACAAGAAAGUGAGGUGAUGAAUUUGUGCUCGGACUCUGAGCAGGAACGACCGGCAUCUAGAAAACGCGCCGGGCAGACGAAGAUGCCUCAGCAACACAAAUUGGAUCACCUGUUAAAGAAACAAAAGCUAAUGACGAAUGAUGCCGACGAUGUCGAAAGCGACCACGAAUUCACGCAGCUUGCUCAGCAGGCGACCGGUCGCAUCCAAGAGAUAGUUGGUCCGUCGCAAUCACAGUCCGAGUCGCAAGUAUCUCAAGCUUAUAAAGGAGGCUCAGCGCGGCGCAAGCUGCCAUUGUCGAUGGCUGCAGCUUCGCAAUCCCAAUCUCAAGAAUCGAAGCGUGGCGAAGCUGCUGCUCCUGCUGCUCGUAAAGGUUGGGGUCGUUCUCGUCGCUAA